GUUUGGUGAUAAGGGAGAAAGUAAAAGUGAGAGGUAUGGAUUCAUUGACAAGAGCAGCAGGAAAGCAAGCUCAUGUUGUGUGCAUACCUUUACCAUUUCAAAGCCAUAUUAAGGGAAUGCUGAAGAUGGCAAAGCUCCUUUACAGCAAAGGCAUCUUCAUAACAUUUGUUAAUACAGAGUUCAAUCACAGACGCCUCCUUAAAUCAGAAGGUGCUCACUCUCUUGAUGGCCUUCCAGGUUUCAAGUUCGAAACGUUCCCUGAUGGCCUUGAUGCAUCUGAGUCUGACAACACCCAAGACCUACGUGAACUUUGCGCCUUGGUCAUAAAUAACAAAAUGGCGGCUCCAUUGGAAAACCUCCUCAGAAGACUCAAUGCUGGAAUCCACCAGGUCACGUCCGUCCUCUCGGAUGGUUUCAUGUCAUGGGCAGCUGAUGUCGCGCAUUCACUUGGAAUUCCUGUUGUGAAGCUUUGGACAGUUGCUGGUUUUGGAUUCAUGGGAAUUUAUCAUUUUAAAAGUGCACUCGAGAGAGGUCUGAUACCACUGAAAGAUGAGAGCUAUCUAACCAAUGGGUAUUUGGACACCAUUGUAGACUGGAUCCCUGGAAUGCCAAAUAUUCGUUUGGGGGAACUCCCUAGUCAGAUCAGAGCUCUGGAUCCGAAUGAUGUAAUGUUCAUCUUCCUUAUGGAAUCUACUCAGAGAGCAACUAAUGGCACAGGACAUGUAUUUCAUACCUUUGAUGAUUUAGAGCAAGAUGUAUUGAAUGCCAUCUCAUCUAUGUUUAAGUGUGUAUACACAAUAGGCCCUCAACAGUUGCUCCUCAACCGAAUACCACUAGCUCAGCAAGAGCGUCUCAAGAGCAUUGGAUCCAGUCUUUGGGAAGAGGAUCGAACAUGUCUCCAGUGGCUGGACUCCAAAGAAGCUGAUUCUGUAGUCUACGUGAACUUUGGAAGCGUGACAGUCAUGUCCCCAGAGCAAUUGAUGGAGUUCGGCUGGGGGCUUGCUAACAGCAACUGCUCCUUUCUAUGGAUAAUUAGGCCAGAUUUGAUCAUGGGUAAAUCCGACAUUACUCUGGGAGCUGAAUUCAUGGAUGCUAUCAAGAACAGGGGCAUCAUUGCAAGCUGGUGUCCACAAGAGGAUGUGCUUAACCACGUAGCGGUAGGAGGGUUUUUGACACAUGGAGGAUGGAACUCAACUCUUGAGAGCAUAACUGCUGGAGUGCCAAUGCUAUGCUGGCCUUUCUUUGGUGAUCAAAUAACGAACUGUAAGUACAUGCGCGAUGAAUGGGAGUGUGGACUGGAGAUUCAUAAUGACGUGAAGAGAGGUGAUGUGGAGAAGCUUGUUAGACGAUUGAUGGAUGGAGCGGAGGGUAAGAAAAUGAGAAAGAAGGCUAUGGAGUGGAAGAAAAUGGCAGAAAAGGCAUGUGGCCCUGAUGGCUCAUCUUCUCUUAAUUUAGAAAAACUGGUUCUUCAUUUAAAGAACUAGCAUGAUCAACAUUCACCUCGUAUCUCAGAACCUGCUUAAACUAUCUUGUUUACUCUCAUUAAUGUUUGUUCUCUAGCAGCACAAUCUGUUGCUGCUCGUCUUUCAUCUAUUUGUAAUCUUCAAUAACUGAUUGCUAUAAAAAUACCGCUAGUUUAUCUUCUA